AUGGACAUGCUUCAUGAAAAUGUACAAGACUCUAUCCUAGGAGCGACCAUGGACCUAGAGGUCUUUCAAAAGUGUGUCCAAAGUAAUAUUGUGCUCCUGACUCAGGUUGUCUGUAAAAAGUUUGUGAUUCCAGAUUUUGAACAGUUCACAUUACACAUAAACCGGCUAUAUGAGAAUGCCCACGCUAUAAAGGAAGGAGAGGUGGCUAACUACAUUCCACAGCUUGCCAAAGUCAGUCCUGACAAAUGGGGAGUGUCACUUUGCACUGUAGAUGGACAAAGGUACUCAGUGGGGGACACCAAUAUCCCAUUAUGCCUGCAGUCCUGUGUGAAGCCUCUUAAAUACGCCAUUGCUGUGAAUGACCUUGGUACAAACUAUAUCCAUCAGCACGUGGACAAAGAACCCAGUGGUCAUCGGUUCAACAAGCUGUCAUUGAACCAACAAGGUAAACCCCACAAUCCAAUGGUAAAUGCUGGAGCAAUUGUUGUUUCAUCAUUGAUUAAACAAGGUGCAAACAAGGCGGAAAAGUUUGAUUAUGUUAUGCAGUUUCUUAAAAGGAUGUCAGGAAAUGAAUACAUUGGCUUCAACAAUUCAACGUUUCAGUCCGAAAAGGAGACAGGAGACCGAAACUAUGCUAUUGGAUAUUAUCUCAAAGAAAAAAAGUGUUUUCCAUCCAGUGCUGACAUGGGGGUCGCUCUGGAUUUGUACUUUCAGCUUUGCUCCAUUGAGGUGACCUGCGAUUCAGGGAGUGUGAUUGCUGCCACUUUGGCUAAUGGUGGUAUCUGCCCCAUCACAGGAGAGCGGGUCCUAAGUGCAGAAGCAGUGAGAAACACACUGAGUCUUAUGCAUUCGUGUGGCAUGUAUGACCUAUCUGGACAGUUUGCCUUUCAUGUUGGAUUACCUGCCAAAUCUGGUGUGUCAGGAGCCAUAUUGUUGGUGGUGCCCAACAUAAUGGGUGUUUUCUGUUGGUCACCUCCUCUGGACAAAAUUGGAAACAGUGUACGAGGAAUUCACUUCUGCCAAGAACUGGUUUCUGUCUUCAAUUUUCACAAUUAUGACAACUUAAGGCACUGUGCAAGAAAACUUGAUCCCCGCAAGGAGAGAAGUGAAGUGCAGCACAAAACAGUGGUGAACCUUCUUUUUGCUGCCUAUAGUGGUGAUGUCUCCGCUAUGAGGAGGUUUGCGUUGUCUGCAAUGGACAUGGAACAAAAAGAUUAUGACUCCCGGACAGCUCUACAUGUAGCAGCUGCUGAAGGACACUUGGAAGUGGUUAAGUUUCUCAUAAAAGGGUGCAGAGUGAACCCCUUUAUGGAAGACAGGUGGGGUAACACCGCUUUACAAGAUGCAAUCAGGUUUGAGCAGCAUGAUGUUGCGAACUUGUUGAUGGAAUAUCAAGAAAGCUAUGCAAGCAGCCUGAAGAGCACAGAGAGUGAGCGGAGACAGAUGUCACUGGAAAAUCUAGAGAGUAUGGUUUAA